CUCUUCUUCCUCCUCCUGUCCUCCUUCUUCUUCUUCCUCUUGUUCCUCUUCUUCUUCUUCUGCCAUAUCCGUCAUCAGAUGUUGCCAUUUGUCUUGGCGAUUCUACUUUUGAUCCUAUUUUUACCAACAGCCGCAUGAAGUUUCCUUUGUCCCAAAAUAUUGGCCUCGCUGUUCCGCGCCCGGCCUUGAAGAAUGCAACAAUCCCAGUAUUGUGAUGAAUUCAUAACCUUCCCAGCCACCAACCACAAACAUUGACUUAAAAAAAAAAAAUCCAGAUCAGCCUGUUUGGAGCCUUGCCUCUAGCGCCUCUCUUUCUUUCUUUCCUAACCAAGGCUGAUCUCCGGCUACAGUUUCCAGGCGGUGCCACCUACGGACUUACGCACAGGUAAUCGAAACCCUGGAAGCUGGCUGGGGUCCAGCCGGAUCCGGCCAAUGGUCAGUCGGCUUGGAGUCUGAUGCAAGGAGGCGUUUGAAAGGCAGACCUCCACCUGCUUGCUUUUAGGAAGGCACAAGGGGACCAGCGCUCACCUGCAGUUGCCCAGGGAAGGUGCUUGCCAAACUAAAGGUCUUCUACUCCGGGGAGAAGAUGGCGUGGCUGACUCACUUCCUGGCCUGCGUCUUCGGCACCGGUUCCUGGAUGGCCAUCAACGGCGUGUGGGUUGAGCUUCCUCUGCUGGUGACCGAAUUGCCCGAAGGCUGGUAUCUCCCUUCCUAUCUCACCAUCAUCAUCCAACUGGCUAACAUCGGACCACUCUUUGUCACUCUCAUGCACAAACUGAAACCUGGUUUAUUGAAGGAGGUCCUGGUGAUUUGUGGGGUGGUCUCUACGGGCAUCCUAGCUUGCUUCCUCUUGGCUUUCCUUUGGCAUUACACCACGCCCAUCGCUGGAGAACCUCACAGCGUGGCUUUCUUCGUCUUGACGUUCUUCCUCUCUCUGGUGGACUGCACCUCAUCCGUCACUUUCCUGCCUUUCAUGGCUCACUUCCACCCUCGGUACGUCCCCUCCCUCUUCAUCGGGGAAGGACUCAGCGGCUUCAUCCCUGCUCUCUUUGCCCUGGCCCAGGGGUCCGGCAUUGCCACCUGCGUCCAGGUCCCAGCGCCAACCUUCAACACCAGCGUGGGCAACUCUUCGUCGGUCAACGCAACGGGGCUGAUGGAAACGCGCUACUCCCCGGCUAACUUCUCCAGCUUGGUUUUCUUCCUCAUCCUCUCGGCCAUGAUGUUCUUCUGUCUAGUGGCCUUCCUCUUCCUCAACCGGCAGCCCAGGUCAUGGGAGCUGUCCAAGCAGAAUUUAUGCUCUAGUGAAAUCACCCUGCAUUCAAUCCAGAAGAUUCCUGCUGGCAAGGAGGAACCGGGCAACUUCAAGGGAAGCCUAACCUACUCUACGGAGAGAAAGCUGGAGAACGUCAACGAGGAGGACAAAGGGGCCGAGAAGGUCACGUAUAGCUGCUCCCAAUUUGUCGUCAUCUACUUCAUUGUCACUUGGGUGAACGCCCUGACCAAUGGCAUACUUCCCUCCGUGCAGAGCUACUCCUGCUUGCCGUACGGCAACUUGGCGUACCAUCUGGCAGCUACCUUGAGCUCCAUGGCCAACCCUCUGGCCUGCACCGUGGCCACCUUCCUACCCAACAGGUCUCUUCUGUUCCUCUGGGUCGUGAUGGCUGCAGGAACGGUCUUUGGGGUCUACAACAUGGCCAUGGCUGUGCUGAGCCCCUGCCCCCUCUUGCAAGCAUCCAACUGGGGAGAUGCCCUGAUUGUGAUCUCCUGGGUAUCCUUCACGGGAACCCUCACCUACGUCAAGGUGAUGCUAGGGAUGAUUCUUCGCAGCUGCAGCCACAACGCCCUGGUCUGGUACGGCGCGGUGGAGCAGCUGGGGUCUCUGCUAGGAGCUCUGCUGAUGUUCCCCUUGGUGAACAUCUACUACUUCUUCAAGUCGGCUGACUUCUGCAGCUUCCAGUGCCCGGCGUGACGUGCCAGGAUCCGAACAGUGGCUGUGCCAAGCAUGCCAACCAUGCGCAUCAUGGGAAAUGCCUUCCAGAAAUAGUCAAAAAUAAGUCUUUUUGGACCGAAAGAAGGCAAAGAGUUGGGGAGCUUAGCAAGCCAAGGAGGAUGUUUACGAAGGACCACGUCUUCAGAGUCAACAGCAGGCCAGGGAGCAAACUCAACACACUCUUUGAGUUUUUGCUCAACCCAUAUUAACUUUUUUUGGGGGGGGGGGUCCUUAAAGUAGGGUGGAUGUAGCUCGGCCGAGAAAAAUCUGGGUCUGCAGAACUCAUAACUUUGCUGCCAUCUUUUGUUUGUUUGGACUUUGGCACCCCAGGUCAGACAGUCGUGCUUAAGAAUAAACCAACUUUCAUUGAAUGAGAAGAUGUGGUCCAUGAACCUACCUUCUUAAGUUGGAAUGUCUUCGUAAGAAAGGAGUUGCAUUUCCCGGAGAGGUAGUCCUCAACGUAUGACCACCGUUGAGCCCAAAAUUCCUAUUACUAAGUGAGACGGUCCGACAUGGAAUAGGUUCUCUCCUGCUCGAGCAGGGUGGGGGUGGACUAGAAGACCUCUAAGAUCCCGUCCGACUUUUUUAGUCUAUGUUCUAAAAUGAGAAAUGAUGAAUAAACCUUAAACAAGGGGUUUAAGGGGUUGCCACAAAGAAGAGGGAGUCGGGCUGUUCUCCAAAGCACCUGAGGGCAGGACAAGAAGCAAUGGGUGGAAACUGAUCAAAGAAAGAAGCAAUUUAGAACUAAGGAGAAAUUUCCUGACAGUUAGAACAAUUAAUAAGUGGAACGACUUGCCUGCAGAAGUUGUGAAUGCUCCAACACUGGAAGUUUUUAAGAAAAUGUUGGAUAACCAUCUGACUGAGAUGGUGUAGGGUUUCCUGCCUGGGCAGGGGGUUGGACUAGAAGGCCUCCAAGGUCCCUUCCAACUCUGAUGUUAUGUUAUGUUAUGUUAAGGCAGGGUUUACUUUAAGCCAGGGGUCUCCAACCUUGGCCACUUAGAAUAGAAUAGAAUAGAAUAGAAUAGAAUAGAAUAGAAUAGAAUAGAAUAGAAUAGAAUAGAAUUUUUAUUGGCCAAGUGUGAUUGGACACACAAGGAAUUUGUCUUGGUACAUAGGCUCUCAGUGUACAUAAAAGAAAAGAUACGUUCAUCAAGGUACAACAUUUACAACACAAUUGAUGGUCAAUAUAUCAAUAUAAAUCAUAAGGAUUGCCAGCAACAAAGUUACAGUCAUGCAGUCAUAAGUAGAAGGAGAUGGAUGAUGGGAACGAUGAGAAGAUUAAUAGUAGUGCAGAUUCAGUAAAUAGUUUGACAGUGUUGAUGGAAUGAUUUGUUUAGCAGAGUGAUGGCCUUUGGGAAAGAACUGUUCUUGUGUCUAGUUGUUCUGGUGUGCAGUGCUCUAUAGCGUCGUUUUGAGGGUAGGAGUUGAAACAGUUUAUGUCCUGGAUGCGAGGGGUCUGUAAAUAUUUUCACGGCCCUCUUCUUGAUUCGUGCAGUAUACAGGUCCUCAAUGGAAGGCAGGUUGGUAGCCAUUAUUUUUUCUGCAGUUCUAAUUAUCCUCUGAAGUUUGUGUGAAGCAAAGCUGGCUGAGGAAUUCUGGGAGUUGAAGUCCACAAGUCUCAAAGUGGCCAAGGUUGGAGACCCCUGCUUUACGCGAUCAAUCUUAAGGAGAUCCAGUCGUGCCAGGGCUGAAUCAACUCCAACAGUUGGGGUAGGAUCUGAUGCAUGAUCGCCCAGAUCCACUCAACUUAUCCUUUUCACCCAUAUAAUCCUCCAGGAAAAGGAACUGGAGAGAAAGAGCGGCUACCCAAUUAAGCCUCUAGAUUGCAGAAUUCUGGCCCGAUAGCUCCGCCAAUGAUGAUUGGCUGCAGGGGUCAAGACACGCCUCCUGCUGCCAGCCUAUCACAUUGGGAUGGAGAUAGUAAUGUCCGGAAAUCCUAGCACAAUUUGUUCCUUAGCUGGCUGGGGAAUUCUGGGAGUUGAAGUUCCACUGCCCGAGGUUGUGAAACAGUGCUUUGAGAGUUUUCAAGGUUUCUCUUCUCCCUUUUUUACCCAACAACAACUCUGCUGGGUGGGCCCAAAGGAGCUUCUGCGGCUGGAUUUCCCACCUCAUGCGUCUAAUUGGAUGUUUUCGGGGUGUCUCCUUGAAUCCUUCUCUUAGCCCAGUGGUUCUCAACCUUUAUAGUGCUGCGACCCCUUUAACACAAUUCCCCACGAUGUGGUGACCCCAACCGUAAAAUUAUUUUCGCUUUGAAUUUAUCGCGUCUGAAGCCGUCUUGGCUAGCGAUCUGAACUGCUUGCGAUUGCCUUGAGGACGGAGGCAUUAAAGCGGAGACUCCUCCCCUAUUAAGUUUAUGGCGCCUGAAGCCAGAUUAGGCGAGCGAUUGGGAGUGAUUGCAGCUGGCUUGAGAGGGAGACAUCAGAGCAAAGAUUUCUCUCUUGUUUAAUUCAUCGCGCCUGAAGCCGAAUUCGGCUAGCGAUUUGAAGAGCCUGCAGCUGGCUUGUGGAGUCAACCAUUGGAGCGCGAUUCUUCGACUCGCAAGUAUACCUCCCAUAUUUCCGAUGGUCUUAGGCGACCCCUGGCAAAUCGUCAUUCGACCCCCAAUGGGGUCCCGACCCACAGGUUGAGAACCACUGUACUUAGCCUAACACCCAAAUGCUUAUCCCACAUUGGCUGGUUUCAAAAGUCUGUAGCUACGGUACCUAAUGGAUCCUUGUCCACAUUGGGAGCCAGCCCGGGAUCUUCCUUCCAGAUGGACAUUCGGAAGAAGAUCUCCAGAAAAAGGAAGGAAGGAAAAGAGAAGUGCGUAUGUAGGUAGGAAUGGAGAAAAGG